AUGAUAUCCGGCGGAAGUUUCGACGAUUGGAGCGAAGCAUUCCUCGAAACAAACGACGAGGUAAAUGGUCCAAUUCUCAUUUCCACUCUCUUCCUCCCCAAAACCUCCGUCGAAGGAAUCAACGCCACGUCGCGGCUCGUUGCUUCUUACCACAUUGUUCCACAUUGCCUUAACUUCUCCGACAUAAGCCUCAUGAAGCCUUUCUCUCGUCUCCCUACACUUCUCUCUGGAAACUCCAUAGUCAUCACCAACAAUUCAGCUUCAGGCUUUACACUUGAUGGUGUUCUAAUCUCCGAGCCAGAUUUAUUUGUUUCUCCAUCGAUAGUUAUUCAUCGAAUCGCUUCUCCGUUUAACUUUUCUCGUUAUGGCAACGCUAUAUAG